AUACACUUGCAAGUUGGGCACAGAUUCGUCCAGUUCGCAGGUACGGGCGAGGAGUGUAUAGUGGUGGUGAGAGCCAGGUCAGUUGAGGCUCGAACCACGGACACAGCCCAGCUGAGCAGUCCACGAACCUCAGAAUGACGAACCCUUCUGAGAAGUCUGGGUCGAGGCGGGGACGGAGCACGUGGUGGCAGUUGGUGUUGUUGAUGUGGAAGAACCUGGUGCUGAGGAGACGCCACUGGCUCCUCACCUUCUUCGAGAUCCUGCUCCCCACCGCCCUCUUCAGCAUCGUCCUCUUCAUCAGACUCAUCCCCGGCUCUAACUUCAUCCCUGAGCACAUCAACGCGACCACCAUCUUCGAGACGGACAGCGAGAUGCGGCUGAAGGAAUACGCCUGCAGCAACUACGGCAAGUGGAUAAACAAGACCAACUACUGCUUCACCAUGCCCAACAUGCGCGACCUUCAGAUCUACUACGGUCCUUACGGGGGCUUCACUAACAGCGUGGCCACGCAUGUUGCUAACGAACUCAAUAUUCCUAAAGAUGCUCUGACGCCCGUGUUCACUAACGAGGAGAUGGACUCCCUGGUGCUACAGUCGUACUACACAGCCAACAUCACGCCCUACUACAUUGGGCUCUUCUUCAACGACUUGGACGACGUGGACAGCGCCCCUCACGACCUCAAGUACGACCUAAGACUCACGGGGACUUGGAUGACUGCUUCUAAAUACCCAUUCUUGGAGGCGGCCGGUCCAGCCAACUCUACCUUCAGGUACCUGAACCAAGGGUUCGCUCUCAUUCAGAGCCUUGUGGACCGGUUCUUCAUCUCCCAGAUCACCGGCAACGACACUUACUCCGACUAUAAGGUGGAGGUGCAGAAGUACCCUUACCCGAGCUACUACAACGACUUCGGUAUCAGCCAACUGUAUGGGUCCUUCCUGCCCUCUGAUGUCGUGUUGUCAUUCGUGCUACUGUCGCCCUCGCUCAUCAAGAGCAUCGUGUACGAAAAGGAGACGGGUGUAAGGGAGUUGAUGCGGCUGAUGGGGAUGAGUCGAUGGUUGGUGUGGGUGGGCUGGUUCCUGCACGCCCUAGUGGUGGUAGUGGUGGUGGUCACUAUCAUCACUAUCAUGAUCACUGUCGGUCUACACAGUAAGGGCGCCUACAUCCCGCCUAUCCUCAACUACAGUAACCCCUUCAUUGUCUGGAUCUUCCUGGCUCUCUACGGCAUCUCCUCUAUCACCUUCUGCCUCACCAUCUCCACCUUCUUCAGUAGACCCACGCUGGCCACUACGCUCGGGGUGCUGAUCUGGCUCUUCUCCUACUACAUUCCCAACUCCAUCAUCUACCUGCGCUACGAGAGGAUGAGUCUGGCCCCCAAGGUCCUCUACUGCCUCAUCCCCAACAUGGCCAUGACCAUUGGCUUCAGAGUCAUCGAGAUGUUCGAGGGGAGAGCGGUGGGCGUGCAGUGGAGCAACAUGUGGGAGACGGGCAACCCUCGGGACCAGGUGACGCCGGGGCUCCUGAUGAUAAUGAUGGUGGUGGAUAGUGUCAUAUACUGCAUCCUGAUCUGGUACGUCGACCAGGUCAGCCCUGGCACCUACGGGGUCGCCUUGCCCUGGUAUUUUCCCUUUCAGAAAAGUUACUGGUGUGGGUCUGGCCCGGCCAAGGAGGCGCCCAGAGCGAUGAACGAUGCCCUCGACCCUGACACUCGACAGAAUUUUGAGGACGAACCAGUAGGACUGACACCAGGCAUCAUCAUCAGAAAUCUGAGGAAGGAGUUCAAGUCGCUGGGAAGGAAGGUGAAGGUGGCGGUCGAGGACGUGUCGAUGACGUGUUACGAGGGCCAGUGUACCGUCCUCUUGGGCCACAACGGUGCCGGCAAGACCACCACCAUGUCUAUCCUCACAGGAGUGUUUGCUCCGAGUGGCGGGUAUGCCGAGGUCGGCGGCUGGGACAUCGCUACCAACCUGAAGGAGGCGCGGGAGGAGGUGGGUCUGUGUCCCCAGCACAACAUGCUCUUCGUCGACCUCACCGUCAUGCAGCACCUUCUCUUCUUCGGUAGGCUUAAGGGAAUGACAACAGCUGCGUCAAGAGCAGAGGGCAUGGUGAUUCUCAAGAAGCUGGACUUGGACCAGAAAAUUGAUGUGUUUGGUGACCAACUUUCAGGAGGGAUGAAACGCAAGCUCUGUUUGGCUAUCUCCCUUAUAGGAGAUUCCAAGGUGGUGAUCCUGGACGAGCCGAGCAGCGGGCUGGACCCCGAGUCACGCCGGUGGGUGUGGGACGUGGUGCAGGGGGAGCGGGGCCGGCGCACCAUCCUCGUCACCACCCACCACAUGGAGGAGGCCGACGUCCUGGGAGACCGCGUGGCCAUCAUGGCCUCCGGCAGGGUCGUCUGUGCCGGCUCCACACUCUUCCUCAAGAAUAAGUUUGGUGAUGGCUACACCCUGGAGAUGAUGGUGACUGAGGACUUCAGCCUGGAGGCCAUCACGGCUGAGGUGACGAGCCAUAUUCCCUCAGCCGGCCUCCACAACAACCAAGGAGGGGAGGUGACUUUCAAGCUCCCUCCCAUCACCGCCAUGUUUGCUCCUCUCUUGGAGUCUCUCACACGGAGGAAGGAGGAGCUUGGGGUGCGCCAUCUGGGACUCUCACUCACCACCAUGGAGAGGGUCUUCAUCGGUGUGAGUGAGGUGAUGGAGAAGAGUGAACAAAAUGCCAAGGCUUGUGAAACGAAAGUUGAAAAUGGCGGAGCUGACAAUAACAUGAAGGGCUUCCUGGGUACCACUUCAGAAAACGGCUUAACCAACAGUUUAGAAAACGGCCUAACCAACAGUUUAGAAAACGGCCUAACCAACAGUUUAGAAAACGGCCUAACCAACAGUUUAGAAAACGGCCUAACCAACAGUUUAGAAAACGGCCUGACAAACAGUUUACAAAACGGCCUAACCUACAACAGUCAACAACAGCUAUACACAAGUCAGACAUUAAUGAAAGAGCGACUGAGAGGUUACCGGCUGCUGUUGCAGAGAAUCAAGGCCUUUUUCAUCAAACGCAUCAUCUACUCCAAGAGAAAAUGGCCCCUCCUUAUUACUCAGGGUUUGAUACCUGUGGCAGUGACGUUAUCUUGCCUGCUGGUGGACCAGACGCUGGACGUCUUCACUUCCCAGGAGCCGCCGCUCGUCCUCGACCUCUCCAUCUUCCCCUACACCGCCUCCUUCGUCAGGGCCGACCCGCCUCUCCAAUAUUUGGCUGAACAGUACACGUCACUCUUCACGGAUCCUCAUGAGGUGAGCAUCGUGACCAACAUGACUGAUAGUCUUCUGACAGCAGCCGAAGACGACCUUCCGACGUACAGAGAGAACGACAUUUGCUCAGCCGAGUUCACCGGAGACAAGGAGGACGUCACCAUGAGGAUCCUGAUGCAGACUAUCCCCUACCACACCCUGGGGAUAGGAACGUCCCUCGUCACCAACGCCCUCCUCAAAGCGGCCACCAACUCCACCCACACCAUCACUACUACCAACUGGCCGCUGCCUCCAGAUAAUACGUGGAAGUUUCAUUCGGAGUUCUCCACAAGCAGCUUCGUGUAUUCCAACGUGAUGCCUCUCGCCCUGGCCUUCCUCUCCGCCUCUUUCCUGGUCUUCCCCCUGCAGGAGCGGGAGACCAAGACCAAGCAGGUGCAAGUGAUGACAGGAGCCCCAGUAUGGGCACUCUGGUCAACUACCUUCAUCUGGGACUUCGCCACCUACAUGAUAUCCGUAGUGCUCAUCUUCAUAUGCUUCCUGGCUCUGGACCCCCAUGGUUACUUCACCAAGGGCGAGGCUUCAGGUGCGUUGAUUGUGAUGCUGGUGAUGUACGGCUGGGCCAGCAUCCCUAUGGCUUAUGUCUUCAGCUUCCCCUUCCAGACUGCUGCCUCAGGCUUCGCUGUCCUCGCUCUCGUCAACAUUGUUGCUGGUCAACUGAUGACUGUGAUUGUAUGGGGUCUACGAGCCGCUGACGUGGCUGGCCUCACUACCGCCAGUGAUAUCAUAUACUGGGUGACGUCUGUCAUCCCCUCCUUCCCUGUCUCAAUGGCGUUCAGUCACGUGGUGCGAGUCAGUGUCCACAACGACAAGUGUAACCAGUUCAACGAGACUGUGACCAAAGAUCUGUGCAAAACGCUUUCGCUCUUCGCGCCGACGAAUGACUUCAUGGAGUGUUGUCUCUACGAUGACCCACCGGUGUGCAGCCUAUACGGGAAUAAGACGUGUUUUAGCACGUGGUCCUACUUCCGCUUCGAGAAUCCCGGCCUGGCUCCCGACCUCCUCACCCUCUUCGUCAAUGGCAUCAUCUUUCUGGCCAUCAUUGUCUUUUUGGAAGCUGGAGGAGGUAUAAUCCUCCGGCGAGUGUGGCGCAGGAUAACGUGCAGGACCUUGAAGAUUCAGCCGCAUGUGGGUCAAGAAGGGCUGCAGGAGGUGGAUGAAGACGUCGCGGCAGAAAGUGAUGCCGUCGCCUCCCUCAUGACCUCAGCUGCCGACAACUCGGGCAUAACGUCAGAGGGCUCGAUGGACACCACACUCAUAGCCUCCAAGUUGUCUAAGGUGUAUGAGGGCUCCUUGAUACCGGCGGUGAACAGCAUCAGCUUCAGGGUAGCCAGGGGGGAGUGCCUGGGCCUGUUGGGGGUCAACGGGGCAGGCAAGACUACCACCUUCAAGAUGCUGACGGGAGACGAAGUGCCUACAUCAGGAGAUGCCGUGAUUGAUGGCCUCUCUCUCAACCGGGAGAGAAAUAAGUUCGUGCAGAACAUUGGAUACUGCCCACAGUUUGACGCCUUCCUAGGAGACCUGACUGGAGUAGAGAUGCUGCAGCUCAUGGGUCGGCUGCGAGGCAUGACUGAGGUUCGACUUGAAGAAAUCAUCAGCUCCCUCAUACCUCUUGUGGGUCUGACAGAGUGCGCCAAGCGGCCCUCUUCCACUUACUCAGGAGGUAACCGUAGGAAGCUGUCGACAGCCAUGGCGCUCGUGGGGUCGCCUCCGCUGGUGUUCCUGGACGAACCCACCUCCGGAGUAGACCCGGUCUCCCGCCGGAGGGUGUGGACUGCCGUCAGACAAGCUGUAAUUAAUGGCCAGAGUGUGGUCCUGACCAGUCAUUCUAUGGAAGAGUGCGAGGCGCUCUGUUCCCGCAUUAUAAUCAUGUCUCGGGGGACUCUUCGCUGUGUGGGAACGACGGGGCACCUCAAAGCCAAAUUUGGACAAGGCUACAGCCUGCAGGUCAAACUGAGGACUCACGGCUUCACUCCGGGAGAACAGACAGAAGAUGAACAUGUAUAUGAUACCAAAGUGUCAGAACUGAAGAACAUCAUCAGCCGCCACCUACCUGGAUCCACUCUAACUGAUCAGCACAAGGGUAUGCUAGCCUAUCGCAUUCCCAGCAACGUGCCUUGGGGUACGUUGUUCUCCGUGAUGGAAACUGUGAAGGCUGGCCGGGACCCCUCGGCUACAGAGGCUGAGAGACCCUACUCAUCGCCCGCCUCCCCAUCCAUCGUGGAAGUCUACGCCGCCUCCGACACAUCCCUUGAGCAGGUCUUCCUGUCUUUCGCUAGGGAGGCAGCGCUGGAGCAAGCGUCCGAUGUGGCUGGUAAUGGUGAUAAUGUUUUCGACGCGUCGUGCGAUCAUACAGCCAUCCAGAUGUACGAGUCCUCCGCGUCAAGGAGCAGCAGCAGCAGCAGCAACAGCAUACCGGGAGCCGAUCUAGUGACGGAACUUUAACACUGAAGUACGUUGGACUUCUUUUUCUCUUCUAUAUAGGAACUCUUCACAGCUUUUGAGUUGACACGGAGAGUCUUCCAUCAGACAUUUUGGGUUCCUAUUGCUUGUUACGCUUAUCGAGGUUCCCAUAGAUCAAUGACUGACCUUUCAUAGUAUGCAACCCACAAUAGUUGACUGACUCCAGGGUACCUGUUUACGUCUGGAUGAGCAGGUGCAUCAGGUGGAAGGAAACGUCCAUAAACUUCUCGCCCUGCCUGUUAGGACUCAAAAUGGUUAUUAAGAAAUGUAAAUCGUUAGUGAAGAAGCCAUAUGCUUGUAAUGUAUCCAAAUGAGGUGAAGGUGCGCAUGCGUGUGUCUGCCCCUCUCUCUGGGAUGAAUAAACUAAAUUUAAUAUUGAGAAAUAUUUACGCUGUACGUCUCUUAAUUAAUGUUGUAAAUAAUUAGUCUAUAUGUGUAUUAUUAAGAGAAUAGUUGAGUAAUUAUUUCAAAAUGAACAUCUUGCAGGACUGAAGAAGAGAAUUAUCGGCCAUUUUUGCUCAUUUUUGUUUAGUUAUCACUUGUUUUGCUUUGUUUUUUAUUGUAAACAAUGAGUGGAAGUCUUAUUUGUUUGUACAUUAUCCCAAAGGAUAAAACAUCGACGGCAUUUGCCCACGUACCAAGUAGGAUGUUUUUUGUUUUGACACAAGAGAUAUAUAUUGUGCAGAGUUAUGUAGCCCGCUUCUCGGGGAGUAUAUGCAUGGAGAGUUUAUUUUAGUCGUAGACAAUGUUCAGGACUAAGGUAUUCUUGUUGGUUGGUCAGAAAGUUAUUGUGGCGGCCUUAAUAAUCUUCCAGGGGUUAAUAUAUGAUGUAUUGGCCUUAGACCCAACACGAAACCAAAAAUAUAUAUUUUUUAAGUCUUAAUUAUGUGCACAGAAACUAAUAUGUAAGCCUCUCAGAUACUCGUGUGUUAGUGAGUAAAUGGUCGUACCUAAUUGAGUAAUUAACCAAGCAUUAAAAAUGUAUGUUAGUAAAUGCCUGAAUAAUUAUGUAAGACAAACUUGUAAAACAUUUUAAUUGUUCAAGUAAAUUUUAACGCUGGCUUUGAUUAAACGUCUAUCAAAAAUCAAA